AUGUGGGAACAAUUAGUUUUUUGCACAGAAGACUUGAACAAACGACCAAAUACUUCCAGCGACAGUUUUGGAUCCACGAGCUCUGGCGAUUACGAUCGGUAUCCUUAUGACAAAUACGAUGACCGCAGAACAAAGAACAACACCUACGGCUCCUCCUAUGGUGAUUCAAGCAGCGGAAAGUACCCUUACGACAACCAUUAUACAAGCAGCGGAAAGUACCCUUACGACAACCAUUAUAAUGACCCCUACAGCAGUAGUUAUGGUUACGGAGGAGGUUAUGGUGAUCAGUAUGAUGAUUAUAGGAAUCGAUACAACUCUCUUUAUCAUUCUCGUUAUGGUUCUGACAACCGUUACUAUGGGAACGGAAAUGUGCACUACUUAAACGAGCCAAAGUAUCCUCCCUACUGGUAUAAUCGGUAUGAUGAAAGAAGUGAUAGGUAUCGAUACAGUCCUUCAUAUUAUUCAGGCCUACGUGAAAGACCUGAUAAUCGUUACAAUGGAAACGGAUAUUCACUUUACUUAAACGAACCGAGAGGUCCUCCUUAUCGAUAUUAUGAUACUCCUAAAAGGAAUUAUCCUUACGAUUUAAAACACGCAUAUCGUAGCCAUCCUGAAGAUCAUCGUGUCUAUUACAACAUUGAAACUGGAGAAUUUAGAGUAUCAGAUGAUGACCAGUAUUCUGCUCCUAAUCGUCCCGAUUACUCACCAUCUGGUUUUCACGAAUCUCGCUACGAAGAUUACAGAAAUAGCUUAGGUUCUGGGGCGGCUUAUCCUCCUUUAUAUCAUGGGUAUAAUGAUUUUAGACCAGGAUUUCGGCGAGGUUAUAUUAAAGAAGAGUCCAGUGCGGAUGUUCUCACUGGAAAAGAGUAA